AAAUAACCCGACUGUAACAUGGGCCAGCAAGCAAAAUCAUUUGUUUUGUUUGUAUAGUUCCAAGAAUUUAGAAUUAGAAAGCGAUGUUGUUGGAAAACUAAAUUCAAUCUAGAUAUGCUGACACCACCUUUUUAACGACGAUAUACGAGAACAUGCAGCUUAGCUAGCUAGCUAGCUACUAAAUGAUGAAUGUUGUUAUAUAUUUGGUUUUCUUUCAACAAGUUUUGGCAUUGACAUCUCAGCCACAGAUAAUAGCCAAUAAAUUUGCCAAGAUAAUUGAUGAAGAUGGUAGCAAAGCAGAAGUUAAGGUCUCGUUCAAACAUAAUGCCACUUCUUUGCUUGAUGCUUACCAGGUGCACAUGGUUGAUAUUGUUUACGGAAUGUAUAUCGUAAAUAUUGAAAGUCAACCCAGUAAUGCAUUUAAAAUUGAAAUCAAGAAAUUGGCUGUUGAGAGUCAAAUUUCUGCUAACUUAGCAAGGUUAAAUGUUGGUUCCACAGCAACACUAAUAUAUCAUGUGCAGUUUACCACAACAACAAAGGUUGAAUCAAGCUUGUCAAGAGCAAAAGUGACAUGGACAAAUGGACAGGCAAAUAGUUCCAUAUUGGGGCCAGCAUAUACUGACGUUAUAUGCAUUAAAAGAAGUGUGAAAGUGAAGGAAACGUUUAUAUCAAAUUAUGGCUUCAUUAUUUUGGGCAUAGUGGUGGGUGUUAUUUUGGGUACAAUUAUUGCUGCUUUCAUUUUGUUUUGCUUACGACGUUAUCCUGCUACUAAAAAGUACAUUUUGCAUACCAACGAGAUUGCUGAUUGGAAUUCUGAUGUUGAAAGAGCACAAACAAUUAUGGUUUCUCCGGCAUAUGAUGAAAUGUUUCAUGAAAAAGAUAACGAAGAAAAACAGAAUAAUGGUAUCUUUGGUAGAUUGAGAAGAAAGAAAGAUGAGGAAGAUCCAUUAGAUUCAAGCAUUGUGAAGGUGAUGUGGAGAAGUGAUAUGUUGCAAGGAGAUAUGGAAAGUGUGUACCAAAAGUUGGAUGAGUUGGACGGUCAUCAGUAUUUGACACUGCUAGAGUAUUCACUAAAUACAUUUAUUUAUACUUGGAAGAUUGUCUUGCAGAGUAAUAUUGACAAUUUACAUAAGAACACAAAUAUAUCAUUGGAAGAAAAAAAUCAGAAUUUGAAAGAGCUACAGAAGCUCUUUACUCCUUAUAUGGAUACACUACAAGAAUAUCGUGACAAGAAAAGCACAACCUUAAUAUUGGAUACUACAGCAAGCACAGCAUUAAAGAUCUAUUACGCCGGUAGUAAAUUUUAUGAAGGUAUAUUGGAUGGAAUUAAACCGAAAUUAAGUCACAUGGCAUCAAAUAGGACAAAAGAUCAUGUCGUAGUGAAGGAACAACAGGCUAAACAUGAGAAAGAGUUGCAAGAACACACGGAGAAAAUAGAAGAAUAUAAGGAGACAGUAAGAGAAGCAUACAAAAAUUUGUUUACCAAGUGGCUGGAAUGUUGUCACCACAUUUCGGGUGUUUGGUUAGAAGAACAUCUUUACAACAUUGUGAAUUGCCAGUUACUGAUUUUAUAUCAAGAUUUAUUUAUGUUGCUGAACUCGUGGAUUAAUAAUUCAGUCAUUAAAGAAGUUGAUUUAUUAAGAAGAAAAAGAUUAAUAUCGGAGAGUGUGGAUAAAGAGUUUCAAAACGUAUUCAAGUAUGAGCUUGAACAAUUGACUACUUUCUUGGAAAACGUUAAAAUUAAAAUUGCAAUGAAAGAAGAAAAGAGAUGGUUGGUGAUGAAUGCUGAAGUGAAGAAAGAAAUGCAUCAGCACUACAAAACCAACACAGAUGAAAUGCAACACAACGAAGUUAUGCAGUAUCAUACAAAAGAAGAUAAACCUGCAAAGCCAAUAGAGAAAGUAAUUAAUGAAAGAUUCGAACAGUGCUUUGAAUAUGCUGAUGUUGCAAAGAAUAGCUCACAUGACUGCAGCGAGAAUCUGUUGAUAAUUCAUCAUAAUUUGGUUGAAAUGAUGAAAAAAUCACUCAACGUCUUUCUAACCAGGAUGAGGACACAUGCUCAAGAAAUAAACCGAACCAAAAUGGACAUUCCAGAGUUGAUGACAGACACUGAUAGCAUAUAUGCUGAACCAGUUGAAAUGCGGAAACCAGACGAAGUGAAUUAUUUGAACGAAGUUAUUGGUAAUUUGGAAGCAGGGUUAGAUGAACUGACGACAAUGCUUUUCACCAUGAACGAAGAAAACAAAAAAAAGCUUCAGAAUAAGAAUCAAGAUUUUCGAACCUACUAUGCCGACUUGCUGAUGAAACGGAAAUCGGAAGUGUUGGAUGUCGUCAACCAAUCUCACAUCCUGUUUAAGUCAAUCAUCCAAUGCUAUGGUCCUUUAUCAUGGACCAAUUCCGAUUUAUUAAUCGACAAUGCUCCAAAUUUUUGUGCGGCUGACAUUUUGAAGAGGUUCUCUUCAUCAGAUGUCAUUUUUUCUAUCAAACCAAAUCAGCAUAUGGAAUGGAUAAGUAAUGAAAAAAAGGUAAUUUCAAGUCACUGGUCAAUCUCGAGGAAAAUUCACAUGACUAACAAAAUCAUUAACAGUGAAAUAACUGAAACUUACAAAUUGGCUAUGAGAUGUUUAGCUGAUACCAUGGAAACAGGUACAAACAAUUCCACUGUACAGAACUUCACGAAAGAUCACUUCUCCAGUUUGAUGUACCAUGCAAAAGUGCUUCAACAUGAGGAACAAGUUGUGAACAUAUCAAGUCGCUUUUUGACAAAGUUUUUACAGGAGUUGCAUGAAUCUACUAACGAUCUUCCUACAAACACCACUGAAAGCAUUGCGCUGUUCAAAAAGACAGUUAAGGCAUUGUUGAAAACAUCAAGACAAGAAAUAACUCCAGCAGCCGAAAAAAAUUUAAAGGAUCAUCUGCUACAAAAGUUGGAAACCUAUGUCUCCAUGUGCAACCUGUUCACACCUUCUGUGAACGGUAGGCUGCUUAAAGCAGUUACUUUCAAUCCGGAACAACUGGCCAAUCAUUUAUUUGAAUUGGGAAAACAUUUUCAAAAAUUGGAAGAGAAAGUCACUGUAGCUAAACGUGUCGUUAACGAAAAUUUACAAUUAAUUCAUGCUCUGUUACAACAAAACGUUAUAGAAGAAGACGAAAUCAUGCCGAUGUUGAAAGAGCUAGCUUUAUUUCUAACUUCAGAGGAGAUUAAAGAUAUCAGUAAUCACAUACUUGGUGGAGAUAAAACUAAAAACUUUCAAGACAUAUUCAAUUUUAUGCUAACUGAGCAAACAAAAGAAGAAAAAGAAGAUGUUGAUCAGGACAAUGAAAAAAAUGGUCAUCUUCGAAAGCGAAAAAAAUCCUCGAAAAAGUUGUCAACGAAAUCAACUGAGAGGUGACAUGGAAGUUAUGCAAUGCGUAUUAUCGAUACGAUGCUAUCUGAAUAAGAUACCGUUGUCAAUUAGAAUGAUUUGAUACCGUGUCGUCAAUGACAACUGUUACCUCUAUUUUUUCUUCACGAAUCGUGAUAUUGCCGAUUUUUUAUGUCUGUAUAUUUUGUAUAUAUUUGGAUUUAUCAACUUAUAUAUUUAAUAUUUAUUAACUAUUUAUUAUUUGUUGUAUUUAUUCUUAUUUCUUCUCUUUGUAUAUGUAUUUAAAAAGAAGCGUGCUAAAAACCGAAUGAGCCAUGGUGGAACUUGCAUCUUAAAGAAAAUUCAUGCCAUACGUCUUUGUAGAACUUUCUACUGACUCGGGUUGUUAAUUCAUUUUUGAUGGUGUCAUAAAAACUUAGCAGAAACUAUUAUUUAUGGACAAAAUAUUUCUUAGACUCUUUUGGAAACAGGGUACUUUUUAAAAAUUCGAUCGUAAACAAAUUUUUUUAUUUAUGCUGCUGAAUUUUCUUGUAUUUUUCCUGAAAAUUUUCAUCCAAUUCUUUUAACUUUUAACUUAAUUUUCUGUGGAGGCUGUAAAAUGCUGAAGACAAAUCCGAAGUCUAUCUCUUGGAAUACUCGCGUAAUUUUUUAUGAGAGUUUCUAACGAUUAAUAUAUUUAUGACUGCCAAUUUUUUUCUGAAAAAUUGAUGACACCACGAGUUAUUAGACAUUACUCAAAACCACACAAUUAAUCCCUUAUAUGAAAAAUGCUAUUAAUCCUGUUUACAUAACGUUAUGAGUAUAAAAAUGACAAGUUGUUUAUGAUAUUAAAAUAUUUUGGUCAAGUUUCAUCUGUUUAAUCCGAUUUUCGCGAUUUUAAAUUUUCCAAGGUUUCCGCAGUAAUUUGUAAUUUUUUUGCAAAAACUGGGAAGAUGUGACCUAAAGUCUUUUUAUGACUAGCAGAAAAACAAAAAAACAAAAAAAUAUUGAGUAGAAGGUUCUCAAGCGCGAUUCAGUCACGCAAUUGUGUGCAACUGCUGAUGACGUCAUGCAAAAGAGCUGACGUCAGCUAAAAAAAUAAUUAUGCUGAUUUGUUCGUAUUUUCUUAUAAGGAUUCUCAAAGAUUUCUCAUAUGUAUUGGCGUAUCGAAAAUUAGGGCUGGGGCGGGUGGUUGAUUUUUUUUUCUCGCUAAAAAAUACCAAAUAAGGUUAAAAUGGUCUUACCUGAACUUAAUUUUAUGCUUUGACGUAAAACGAAACUUACGGAGGUACUUUGGUUACACAGUACGGCUUAUCCAGUUUUUUGUUAUUACACACCCCUUUUUAUAAGAAUUAUCAAGAGUCUUUUUUUUCUUUUUGAUAUUAGCCAUGUUUUUAAAAAAAAAUGUAAUUUUUAACAGUUUCUACUAUAAGUGUUGUCGAUUUUUUGAACAAUCGUUUAAGAAUCCCCUUUAAGAAUUAUUAAAGGAGUCUCUCCUUAAGCCAAAAAAUUAUGAUUCUUCUAAAUAUAUUUGUAAAUAGCAGGCUUUGAGGCUGUGAAGAGGCUAAAAAGAAUUCCAUUAAUUUCUGAUCGAUUUUAACUUUCAAUUUUCUGAGCUGAGUUCUUUCAAAAGUGGUUUCACGAAUAUGUUUUGCAAGUCCUUUUCGACGUUUUAUGAAGUGGCAAUUAAGUUUCGAAUGAGCAAAUAAAAAUAACAAAUUAUUUUAUUGUACUUUAAUUGUUCUUUCAAAUCUGAUUGAUCUUCGAUAGUUAAUAUUUUUUCGCUUAUUAGCACAGCUGGUGGUAGUGUGUUGGUUCUUUAUCUAAUUUAUCGCUCGUUUCGAGAAAAUAUAUUUAUUCAAUAUGUUUGUAUAGAUGGCAGCCACUUAAUAAAUAGGCGAAAAUUUAAUUAUUUUAUUUGUUCUGUCAAUAAUAAAUGUAUCUUCGCUUUAGUAUUA